AUGCCGUCCACAAAGAGCGUAAAUGGCAAUGGCCACUUCCCCCAGAAGCUGAAGAACUUCUUCCGCAUCAAUAGCUUCACCAACAGCAACGGGGAGAAGGGCGGCGCCGACCACCACCACACCAGCGCCUUCAAGUCCGACUCCAAGACCUCCUUUCGCCAGUCCAAGUUCUUCACCACCGUCGGCCGCCUUCGAUCCGCCACCGUCGCGAGCGAAGGCAACCCGCUGGACGAGGCCCUCAGCCCGACUGCUCACGCCAACCCCUACUUUGUCCACCAGGGCCAGCCUGGCCUACGACACCACAAUGAGGGAUCCGUGCCACCCAGCCCGCCCGACACGCCGCAAUUGAAGGUCGACGGCCCCAAUGGCGCCGCCGAGCAGCCUACCGCUGCCACGAAGGAGGAGCUGGCGAGGAAGCUCAGGAGAGUUGCGAGCGCUCCUAAUGCUCAGGGUCUGUUCUCCAAGGGCAAGGGCAGUAACGAGCGGCCCGCAACCGCCGAACUCGGCAAGGAGCCCCUAGUCGAGAACAAGAACUCCAGCACGCUCGGCUUGGUUGAGUCGAAGUCACAGGCUCCCGAUGCCAAUUCCCUCGCCGUUCCCGAUACCGACGGCCUAGGAGCGCUGCCGUCGCCAGGCCGGACGCCAUUGGCGUUCCGCAGGACUUACAGCUCCAACUCGAUCAAGGUCCGCAACGUCGAGGUUGGCCCCCAGAGCUUCGAUAAGAUAAAAUUGAUUGGCAAGGGAGAUGUGGGCAAGGUCUAUCUCGUGCGCGAGAAGAAGAGCGGAAGGCUCUAUGCCAUGAAGGUUCUGAGCAAGAAGGAAAUGAUCAAACGAAACAAGAUCAAGAGAGCUCUUGCGGAGCAGGAAAUUUUGGCAACUAGCAAUCAUCCCUUUAUUGUGACCUUAUACCAUUCGUUUCAAUCGGAAGACUACCUCUAUCUCUGCAUGGAAUACUGCAGUGGAGGAGAGUUCUUCCGUGCUCUGCAGACCAGACCUGGAAAAUGCAUACCGGAGGACGAUGCUCGCUUCUAUGCGGCGGAGGUUACUGCUGCUUUGGAGUAUCUGCAUUUGAUGGGUUUUAUUUACCGCGACUUGAAACCAGAAAACUUCGAUCUGUCCAAGCAGUCCGAUCCCGGCGGCAAGCCGACCAUGAUUAUUGGGAAGAACGGGGCGAGCACCUCAUCAUUACCGACGAUAGACACGAAAUCUUGCAUCGCCAACUUCCGCACCAACUCAUUUGUAGGAACCGAAGAAUAUAUCGCACCAGAGGUUAUCAAGGGCAGCGGCCACACUAGUGCGGUUGAUUGGUGGACGCUUGGUAUUUUGAUCUAUGAAAUGCUUUACGGCACAACGCCCUUCAAGGGCAAGAACCGGAAUGCGACGUUCGCCAACAUCCUGCGGGAAGACAUACCCUUCCCCGACCACGCUGGCGCACCUCAGAUAUCCAAUCUCUGCAAAUCCCUUAUCCGAAAACUUCUGAUCAAGGACGAGAACCGUAGAUUAGGAGCGAGGGCAGGCGCUUCAGAUAUCAAGGCGCAUCCGUUCUUCAGAACCACGCAGUGGGCGCUGAUCAGGCACAUGAAGCCGCCCAUUGUUCCCCACCAAGGAAGGGGCAUUGACACUGUCAAUUUCCGCAACGUGAAGGAGAGCGAGAGCGUGGACCUCAGUGGAUCGAAACCUAUGCAGUUGAAGGGCGUCCCCCUUGACAGCGGGCUGGCUACCCCUGGAGGGGAUGUGACGAUCGAUCCGUUCGAGGAGUUCAACAGCGUCACGCUACACCACGAGGGAGAUGACCACAGCGAUGGUCCUAACGGCUACGACUCAUCGCCCUAA